GCUUUAGCUUCCGCAUUAGGAUCGAGGCUGUCAAAAUCACAAGUUUUUCCAAAACAUUGAGUUUUGUUCUGUUUAAUUAAAAUAUCUGUAGAGUUAAACUUAUUUGUUCAUUAUAAAAUAUUUAAGUAGAUCUAAUUUAAUGUAGAAAACGUAAAUGCAGCUGAUAUUACAUACAUAAAAAUCAAAUACAUUGAAUUAGGAAAAAAAAAUAACACCGACUGAGUCAGUCGGGCAUUUGAAACUGAAAGUUAAAACGGAAAAUUUGAUAUACCAAGCUAGCUUUCAGAUGAGGUAAAUAUGGCAUCAAGGAAAGACUAUGACGAUCCAGCUUCGCGACCCUUGUUUGGGGAAACUCACCCGCAGGACAGAAUUUGUAACCUUGUGGUGGCAACAUUUACUGGGAUUCUUGUAGCAGUGACAUUAGUCAGUGCGUUUAUUUUCCCUAAGUUCCCACCGAAUGGUGUCAAUGUAUUCUUUGCAGUGGUCAUGUUGUUUGUAGGUCUGGCGCAUUUAUUAUUGAUAUACUGGUACAGACAAGGGGAUUUGGAGCCAAAGUUUUUACGGUUGAUAUUUUACAAUGCAUUUACUAUGAUUUUACUAUGCAUCGCUGGAAAUCUCUAUAUACAUAAAGUAUGAAAAAAAGGUGAUGCCGACAUGAAACCAUGGCAUCUCAAUAAAAUUUGAAAUAAAAAACAAAACAAAAAAACGUUUGUGAACUUUGAAAAAUAGAAAUAUAAUAACUAUUGUAAUGUUACAUCAAAUAAUAGUGUUAUUAUUAUUUGGCUUAAAAAAGCAAAGCAGUGAACUGGUAGCAGCUCUUUAUAGGCUUUUUUUGAUGUCAAUCAUGAUACAAAGGGUGGUUACUGUGUCAUUACCAAGAAAUUUGUUGUCACGGUAAUGCAGAACAAAGACUGUGAUACAAGAUGCAUUAUUUUAAAUCAUUUAAAUCAGUGUUCAUUUUAAAUAUAAACCAUUAUUUUGUUUUUAUCAUCUUUAUAGUUUUAUUAUACAUGUAUAUGAAAAAAAAAUCUGACAAUGUGUCCUGUCCAAGAUUUUGUUGAUAUUUUGGUAAAUUUUAUAGUCUUCUGAUAUGUUAAGUAAGAGAUAUUUGAGCCGUGUCAUGACAAAACCAUUAUGAUGCGUUUGCGACCAGCAUGGAUCCAGACCAGCCUGGGCAUCCGCGCAGUCUGAUCAGGAUUCAUGCUGUUCGCUUAUCAACUCUAUUACAAGUAGAGAAACUGAUAGCGAACAGCAUGGAUCCAGACCAGCCUGCGUCAGGGCAGUCUGAUCAGGAUCCAUGCUGUUCGCUUAUCAACUCUAUUACAAGUAAAGAAACUGAUAGCGAACAGCAUGGAUCCUGAUCAGACUGCGCUGAUGCCAUUAUGUUGGUUUUGUCGUGACACGGCUCAUUUAGACAACAGCUAAACUUAAACUACCAUGACAAACCAUAGUAGUAUAGUUAAAGAGAGAAAAAACAUCAACAUUAAAGUACCAUGCCUCCAGAUUUUAUUUCAAUUUUUAUGAAAACUUAAAAUUUGUUUUGUUGGCAAGAGUAUAAAAUAAGAAAUGUAGCCGAGCCAAAGGCACUUACUACACAUAGAAAUGCCCAGAAGUUGUCAAAAUAUACAAAAAUUUCUCUUACUUUAUCAAGGUGUAACAUUUUGGUGGUAAAAAUAAAUUCUUUCAUAUUUUUAUGUAAUACAAUUAUAAUUUUGCAGUGAUUGUUAAUAUUAUUUAAAACAUGUCUUAAACUACUUAUCAAUUUUUCUUUUUUCUUCAGAUUGUGUUUUUGUUUGUUUGUUGUUUUUUACUCAUCUGGAGGCAUGCCACUUUAAGCAAUACAGAAUUGUGUUAAUAGUUAGUGAUAUAAAGUUACAUCAUGACCUAGAUAUUAUUUUAUAUUUCACUGGUUUGAAAUAUUUCAUCUUGUGCUUUUUACUUACAUUUUUGUGAGCAGGUGUGACUUAUUUUCUCUGUUACAGGAUAAAGAGCAAUGUUAUAUUUAUUCUAUUUUAAAUUUUUUGCACUUUUGUAAGAUUUGGUUGAAUGUUAGAGUUCAUUUAUUAAUUUAUCUAUCAAAGAAUGAGAUUUAACUUUCAGUUAUAAAUAUUUGGGUCAAAAGUUGGGCUUACUGAGCAAUUUGCACUGUAAAAUGGGUUUUUUUUUAAGCCCAAGAGAUGCAUGUAUUCUUCCAGUCUUACUGCCUGGCUAGUGAUAAUAUCGACCCCUGAUCUUGAAUCUGUUGACUUAAACUGUCUUUUUAAAGAAUAAUUUCAAUAACUUCUUUCCAAUGUGUAGAUAUUACUGGAACUUUGCAUGGAUAAGUAGUUUUUGCAGUUUAUGAUAUAUUUUUUUUUGUAUAAAUUAUAUAUAAAAAUAUGUACAAGUUAGUUGUUAAUUAGUUAAAUAUCUGAAACAAUAGACUGAAUAUUUGGAUUAACUUGUGAUCUUUACUCAUAUUUUAUAUUGUGGUAUUGUAAGAGGGGAUGCUUAAACCAGAUUCUGGGGAGUCUGUGAUUCCCAGAUACUGUUAUACAAAACAUGAUUGUUUACAUUAUAAAGAUAAAAGAAAAAAUAUUUGUCUGAGCAGUGUUUAUGGGCUUUUUAACACCGGUUUGGAGUUUUGAUGCUUAUUAUGCUUAUUUAAAUAUACAGCCCAUUUGUUUACUAUGAAAUAGUAGGUAAUUUUUAAUUCCUUCUACAUUUCAUAGAUAUUCAGUAGCAUUUUUAUUUAAGCUGACUUUCAACUUUAACCAGUACUUGUGUCAUAUCAUGUAAAAUAAAGCUUUGACUUCAAAUAGGGUUCAACCUGAUAUUUCUGUGUGAAGUGGUGUGAACGUUUUUCCUAGUAGGUUACCACUGUUUUGCAAUAAAAAAAAAACCCUAGAUAAAAUUUUAGCAUGAAGUUAAGUUGUUUCCGCCGAAAUACACAUUAUUGUACGAUAUUUAGUGCAAGAACUUAGUAACAUAAUUUGAGUAAUGUUUGUUUAUUAUAAAUGAAUUUUAUUUAUUAUAAAGUGAAUUAAGACGAGAAAAACAAUAGCAAGACACAGUUAGUGAUAAAUAUCAUUUAGGUUUUUCGGACAGUUUUAUGAUGAAAAUAUGUUGGAACAAAAACUUUUUUUUUCAUUAGGUUUAAACAUACUUUAUUUGUCACAUAAGGACAUAUUUACAUACAUGACAUUUCAAUCAGUACAAAAAAGGAUUAGUCUGGAAGCGAUCUAAUGCUUAUUGAAGUUUUUCCCCGAUGUAUAAUAAGUAGUAGUACAUGACGAGGCAAAUAAUUUUAUCACUUGUUGACGAAGACGACUUUUGUGUUUCAUCUAACAUUGAAAAAUAAGAAAAUAUUUACUUUGAUGAUACAUUUCUUUGGCAUUAAAAAAAAUAAGAGACCUACUUAUUUUCAGAAACUUUAUGUUAAUACCACUUAUUUCACAAUACAUUGACAAGGAAUUGACCUGGUAUUUGUUAAAUAUUAACCACAUAUACUAUUGACAUUGUCCCACUCAAAUUGACACUGUGUUAAAUUAUCAAAGACUCGUAUUUGGUUGACAUCUUCCUCUUAUUUUUAUUGACAUAGGCUUAACUAAAAAAAUUGACCCAGGUCACCAAAGUUGACAUUUUCCACUUAUUUGGUUGAUUUUGAUCAUUUUAGCUGACAUUGUCCACUUAUAAACUAGGUUGAAUUUGGCCACUCUGGUUGAGGCCUUAUGUUAAUAUUGAAAAAAAAAACAUUGACCACAAGUAUAUUGACAUUUCUCAUGCUUAGCAGGUAUAUCUUCAUUAUUUGUAUACAAAUUGUGACCCUUUGCAUUAUUUGUAUACAAAUUGUGACCCUUUGCAUUAUUUGUAUACAAAUUGUGACCUUUCACACCAAGCUUUCAGUGUUUCACUGUUGUAAUUGGAAAAGAAAAAAAUAUUGGCCUUUUUAUGUAUAGGAUAUUGAAAUUAUUUGAUUUUAUCAAACAUGUAUCUUAUACAUGUACCUAUACUGUGUAACAUUAAACUUGUUGUUCUUUUUAUUGUGCAAUACAUGUAUUUUCACAGCAGAUUUUGUGUGUAUGUUUUAGCUUGUAAGAAUAUCAUCUUUUAGUAAAAAGUGAACAGCGCAUGUCAUUUUUUUUUACAUGUUCACUGUUACAUUUAACGCUUACCAGGCAUAAAUAUCUUAAAUAGACUUGUCCAUAUUUCAAUUGGAUAAAAAACAUUCUUUGUUUUAAAGUAAAAUUUCAAAAUAGGUACAGUCUGAAUAGCAAACAGUGCAGACCGUGAUCAGGUGACACAUAGGUGCUGGCUGAUCUUGGACUGCACUGUCGGCACAAGUACAAGUUGCCGCCAGCAGGCUCAAGGUUAAAGAUUGUAAAGUAAAUUUCAAGGAUGACAUAAUGUGAAAGUCUCAUUUAGCAUUUCUAGUUUUCCUAUAGCUCAGUCAAAAUACUCCCUUGAAAUAAAAAAAAAUUGUUUUGUUAUUUAAAGACAAAAGUGCAAGGGGAGCUUAUUCUUGUAUUUCCCAACAGAGUUGUUGUUCUUGCAAUAUUUAAUACUUGUAUAUUCCUAUUGUUGCCAUAUUUGUGUAGCACAUUUGUAAAUUUAGCACCAUAUAUGAGAUGGAGAUCUAAUUAUUAUUGUAGUGUAAACAUGUACACUUUGUAUAUAAAAGGUUGUUUUAUUAAACAAAAUGUUUUAUUUUCA